GACAAAUGCUUACCGUGUAAGUAUACUUCACGAAUACUGUAGAUUAAAAAUAUUUAUAUAUUUUUGUUUUAAUAAGUGUUCUUAGGACUUGCAUGCAAAGCCGAUAAUGACUGUAAAACAAUAAUAUAUGCAAAAUGUUCUGAAAACAAUAAGUGCGUUUGCAAAUCGAAUUAUCUUCAGUUAGACAAUCAAACAUGUGCGCCGCUUAUCGGAGAAUAUUGUAUGAAAAGUAGUGAUUGUCAUCCCAUGUAUUCUUAUUGUUUUCGUAAAAUGUGCAAAUGCAUGAAUAAUUAUUUACGUCGAUCUAAUAACCAAUGUUUGUCAAGUUAUCUUGGAAGAUACUGUAGGAAUAAUAACGACUGUAGUAAUGUGAUGCAUUCAAUAUGCUCGGAGAAUAACGAAUGUGUUUGUAUUGAAAAGUACAUUGCAUUAAAUGAGACAACGUGUUCACCUUUGUUAAAUGAACUAUGUUCGAACAAUGAAGUAUGUGCAACAUCAAACGCUGUUUGCAUUGAGAAUAAAUGUCAAUGUAAACGUAAUUAUUCAACUCAGUCCGAUAAUUAUUGCAUAUCAGAGCGUUUAAAAGGAGCCUGUGAUUGUGAUUUAGAUUGUAAUGCUAUAAAAAAUGCAAAAUGCUCAAUAGAUAAAAAAUGUGUCUGUAAAGAAAAUUAUGUUUCAAUUAAUGAAACAACUUGUGAACCAAUAAAAUACGAUUUCUGUCCAACGAAAGAACAAUGCUUUGUAACAACAAAAUUUUGCCGUCAAAAUAACGACUGUGACGAUUCAGAGCGUAGAUAUUGCUCAGGAAACCAAACGUGUAUCUGUAAACCAACUUACAUUGAAUUAAACGAUAUUUGUCAACCAAUUCUAAGUGGUUAUUGUUCAAAGAAUGAAGAUUGCAUUCCGGAUAAUUCUUUUUGUUAUUUCAACAGAUGUCAAUGUAAAUAUAAUUUCAUAGCAGUAUCUAAUGACCAAUGUGAGCCGAUUUUGUUAGGCCAGAAGUGUGAAUCGAAUGUAAAUUGUGAUUCGAUUAAAAAUGCAAAAUGUUCUGAAGAAAAAAUAUGUGUAUGCAACGAAAACACUCUUGUGUUAGACAAAAAUACAUGUGUACCACACAUUGGAGUAUUUUGUCUCAAUGAUGAAGAAUGUCAUAUUAAAGCCUUACGUUGUCUAAAUAAUAAAUGUGAAUGUCAACCUAAUCAUUCAUCAAUAUCCGAUAGUCAGUGUGCAAAAAUAACUACAAUAUCUGAUUGUUUUGAGCGUUCAAAUUGUGGUGAUCCAUUACAUACAAAUUGUUCAAAAAAUAAAAAAUGUGUUUGUAGAUCAAAUCAUAUUGCUGUACAAAAUGAGACAUGCUUACCACUCCUAGAGAGCUUUUGUUGGAAUAGAAAUCAAUGUAUCGCUGAAAAUUCAAUAUGUAUCGAUAAUAAGUGUCAAUGUACUCCAGGCUACAAGCGUGUGUCGAAUAAUCUAUGUGUUUCAGUAAGACCAUUCUAUAUUCCAUGACCCUGACAAUAUAUUGCAUUGAUGGUAGUCAAAUAAGUUCUUUAUUCUUUACCUAAUACAUUGUUUAACUAUAUUACAUUUAAUAUUGUCUUUGAGUAGCUAAUUAAGGUGUUACGAUAGAGGCUCAAAGACUUUCUGUUAAAGAACACUAAAUAUUUAAAAAAAAUAUAAACAUUUUUUUAAAUUUACCAAAGGAGAAAAAUUUUCGACUUCGCUAGGAUCUAAAAGAUGAUAUUUAUUAUGAAAAUAUUAUAAUAAUAAUAUAAUUAAAGUAAUAAUGAAAAAAUAAUUAUCAUGAGCGAUUGAGGUGUACGCUUUAAGAUUUUCCAACAUUUUUUUUUAUGUAUGCCUUUUUAAAAUUGAAUAUAU